AAACACACCCAUUUGUAGGAAGAAGAAGAAGAAGAAGAGUGGCAGUUGAGAAGAGAGAGGAGCAAUGGAGUUGUUCUACUAUGUGUUGUUUGGGGCCAUGGCUGCUGUUGUGGCAGUUCUUGAGCUGGGUGGGAAGACCAAUAAAGAUCGAAUCACAACUUCUCAGGCUUUCAAUUCAUUCAAAAACAAUUACAUUCUUGUUUACUCUCUUAUGAUGGCUGGUGAUUGGCUACAGGGUCCAUAUGUAUACUACCUUUACAGUACUUAUGGCUUUGGCAAGGGGGAUAUCGGACAGCUAUUUAUUGCUGGAUUUGGAUCUUCCAUGCUUUUUGGCACAAUUGUUGGAUCUCUUGCCGACAAACAGGGUCGGAAGAGGGCAUGUGUAACUUACUGUAUCACUUACAUACUGAGCUGCGUCACCAAGCAUUCCCCUCAAUACAAGAUUCUUAUGGUUGGACGUAUUUUGGGUGGCAUUGCUACAUCUCUAUUGUUCUCAUCAUUUGAGUCAUGGCUUGUAGCAGAACACUUUAAGAGGGGUUUUGAGUCCCAAUGGCUCUCACUUACUUUCUCCAAGGCAAUAUUUGUUGGAAAUGGUCUUGUUGCAAUCAUUGCUGGAUUGUUUGGAAAUUUUCUUGUUGAUUCAUUAAAUCUCGGCCCUGUGUCUCCUUUUGAUGCCGCUGCCUGUUUUCUUGCCAUUGGCAUGGCAAUCAUAUUAUCAUCAUGGUCGGAGAAUUACGGAGACCCAUCAGAGAGCAAAGACUUGCUCACUCAAUUCAAGGGUGCAGCUGUUGCCAUCGCCUCAGAUGAGAAGAUUGCAUUACUCGGUGCUAUACAAUCUCUAUUUGAAGGUUCCAUGUAUACAUUCGUGUUUCUCUGGACGCCUGCCCUCAGCCCAAAUGAUGAAGACAUUCCCCAUGGUUUUAUUUUUGCAACUUUCAUGUUGGCUUCAAUGUUGGGAAGCUCAUUUGCAGCUCGCCUUAUGGCAAAGAACUCACCUAAAGUUGAGAGCUACAUGCAGAUUGUUUUUGUCGUAUCUUCUGCAGCUCUCAUGCUUCCCAUUCUGACAACUUUCUUGGUACCUCCUUCAAAUGUGAAAGGGGGAGGCAUCACCUUUGCUGGAAGUAUCCAGCUUCUUGGCUUCUGUGCCUUCGAGUCAUGUGUUGGCAUCUUCUGGCCGUCCAUCAUGAAGAUGAGGUCUCAAUACAUUCCUGAGGAAGCAAGGAGCACCAUAAUGAACUUCUUCAGGAUUCCCCUCAACCUGUUCGUCUGCAUUGUACUUUACAAUGUCAAUGCUUUCCCCAUCACUGUGAUGUUUGGCAUGUGUUCAAUUUUCCUCUUUGUUGCAUCCAUUUUGCAAAGACGGCUUGCAGCCAUUGCAGACAAGCCAAAAGCAGAAGAUUGGACAGCAAUGAAGGAAAGGGACACUGAAGCUGAUCCAUUGAAUGCACCUUGAUUGUGUUAAUCAUGAUGAGCAGUCAAAUAUCCUCUGGAAAUUUGUCUGGAAACGUCUAUUUAUUACCAUAAUCAGCCAUCCGGGUUUAAUAUUAGUUGAGCUUACAAUAUCUGAAGAGCAAUGACGGUGUGAUUAAAAAAUGGAGCUGUUCCUGCCUAGCAGAUAAGGAAGAGGCAUAUGAGCUCGUUGUGUUAUUAUCAUUCCCUGGUAGUUGGUAGAAGACGAUCAACGUCUUCCCCUAUUUUCGUGCUGCUGGGAUAGUUAUAUUAGUUACUCUGAUUUCCCCCUGUUUUUCUUGGCCUUGGUUCAAUUGUUGACGGAGGCCUAUAUUUAUCUCGUAGUUUUUAUCUCUUUGACAAUUUAUCUCCCCAAUGUAAUAGUGAAAAAGUACAAGUCAAUUCUUUUCUAGCAAAGAUGCAAUUCUUGGGAUGUGAUUGAGAUGUCAUGCAAAUGGCAGAAAUGAGUUUGUUGCGUUUUUUAA